AUGAAGUUCAGCCAGAAAGCCAGAAAGAUAGUGGGGUUGUUCAGAUCCAGCUGCAAAGCAAAGGACAAGCUUGUGGAGAUGCAGAGCUUGAUGGGCAGACCAAGUCUGAAAAUGAUACAGGAGGUUGAAACGAGAUGGAACAGCACAUUCGACAUGCUACAACGCUUGUAUGAGCAACUCAUUGACACUUCUUCAACCAUUCAAACUAGCAACAACAGAGAUGUCAGAGGAACAGAGAGUGUCUGCUUCAAAGCUCAUACCAUUGUACAGGAUGUUGCAGCACAAGCUUGCACAGAAAAAGGAAAUGCAACGCAGGAAUCAACUGUACAAUUAGGCUCACAUCUACAAGAAGGUCUGCACUCCAGAUGUGGAGGGUACGAGACUUUUAGAGCCUUGGCACUGGCUACACUGCUGGACCCAAGGUUUAAAAAUGUGGCUUUUGGAAAUCCUGCCAAAGCCCUGGAUGCUGAAAAGCACAUCACACUGGAGUGUGCUUCACUGAUGCGUUCAAACACAACUCCUGAACCACAAAUGUCAACAUCAGGCCCAUCAUCAACACCAGUUGAAACACAAGACAGUUUAUGGGAACAUUUUGACAAUCGUAUCCGUGAGACCCAGAUGAUACACAAUCCUACAGCUGAUGCCACAGUGGAAGUGAAAAAAUACCUCAGCGAUGCGUUUUUGCCCAGAACUCAUGAUCCUCUAACUUACUGGAAAGAGAGAGCAGUAAUCUUUCCUCAUUUGUAUGUCCUAGCUAAAAAAUAUCUUUGUAUGCCAGCAACAAGUGUCCCUUGUGAGAGAAUUUUUUCAAAGGCUGGAGAAAUUAUCUGUAAAAAGAAGUAGGCUGAGUCCUUCAACA